CAAUUGCAAACGAUUUUACGUACUUUAUAGCAGUGUUACUUGCAUGUGAUGUUUUUGUUGAUGGAUAUCGUCAUGCAUAACUGAAGCUUUUCUGUAAUUAUGAAUGGAAUAAAUAGCGACUGCCAUAAUGAAUACUCAAUCAUAUCAUCAGCGGGAGAUGGAGGCACGGAUCAGGAGGUUUGACAGUGAGUGUGUAGCGGCAGUGCGUCAUAUCGGACGUUUACAAGAACAAGCAAGAAGUUUCCUGACCCAGCUAUCGUGUGAGCCUAGAGAGUUUAAGCACCGCUUUCUGCAGUGCAACAGACACCUAGAUGAAUUCAUGUAUGCUGUUACAGAUUUUAACAUGGUAGCGAGCAGUUUCGAAACCAACAGUGCACAGAUGCAUACAUAUCACCCUGUACAACCAAAGAACCCAAAGCUUGCACGUGAAAUAUCGUCUUCUCACUCUAAUACACCAUCUCACUCUAACAUGCGAAAGCUACCAACAAAAGAUAGAAAGUCAUAUAACAGAAGAGAUCAUAAAGGAAUAAAUAAUACAAGACAAACAAGAGGGAAUUCGAGAGAUAGUUUAGGUUCUAUUGGAAGAGAUUUAAAUAAAAUUGAAGAAAAUGAAACAGUUGUGGAGCGAAAUGGAGAUUUAACUGAUACAGGGACUCCAGGGUGUCAACCGGUAGGUCUGCCUCCGCAACCAAAGUUGGAUCCAUUGACGCACGAAGCUACUAUUGUAAAUGUGGAAGGUGCCCAAUUAUGGAUAGUGGUCGAGGAUACUUCGUUUUUCAAGCUUAUGGAAGAAAUGUUGAAUUAUUACCAAAAUCGAGAAGUUGUAGAUUUCAUACCUAAAACCGUUUGUAGUUACUAUGACGAAACCGAAACUAAGCACUUCCUUAGAGCUCUCUACAUUACAUCAGAGGAUGGUGAUCCAGAGAUAUUUCUCGUGGACACGGGGGAAUUCCAACCAGCUACCCAAAGUCGCCUGUACCCUCUCGCCCCGCAGUUCGCAACCACCCCGCCUUUGGCGCAUUUUUGUUAUUUAGCUGAUGUAGAACAGACGGAUGAUAAAAAAUUAGAAGAGAGACGAACAGAAUUUCUGCAGCAAUACUUGGGGCAACGAUACAAAAUAAAACUUGUAGAAGAUUUAAAUGAUGACCGUUCUUUUCUGUCUCUGGGUGUUUACGUGUUUUUAGAAGAUGGGACUACCGUCAAUGAGAAGGUACAAGCACUGGAUUCAUACGAUCCAGAAUUGAACAAUAACUCCAAAACCAGUAUUGACAACGAAAACGUACAUUCUUCGACUGAAAUAAAUAAAAUAAAUAACCCCACACAAAAUGAUAAAAUCAAACCUGAUGAAAACGAAAGUAUAGAUAUACUUAACAAAUCUAAUGAAAAUAUUGUUAAAGAUAUAAGUUCUGAAGGAAAUAUAAUAAUGUUACAUGAAACAAAUACACCUAAUGAAGAAAUUGAUUCUGAAGAAAAUAAAAUAGAGACAGAUGAAAUUAAUAUUAUAAGGGUGAAUAAAUUAGACCUGAGAUCUGAUGAAGAAAGGGCCAAGGAAUUGGAGGUGAUAGAACAUAUGAAUUUAGAUGAAAUGAAAUAUACCGAAUAUGAGAAUGCCGUUGAAGCUGUUACGGGUUAUAACAACAGAGAUGAAAUGGACAUCUGCAAGCAUUACAAAGGGGGCGAGAGUUGCUUCAAGGGUAACCGAUGCAACAAACGACACGUCAAAAUCCACCCAGACGGCUGGACGCUAGACCGCGUGUCCGUACAUGUCAAGUGUCCAUCCCCGCCCCUCCCCCUGCCGGGCACGUGGCACAAGAUCAAGGUCACGCACGUGGAUGACACGUGUCAGCUAUACGUGCACUUUGAAGUUCCAGAGGAACCUAUGUCUCUAUCCGAUAUCACGGAUGAAAUCUCCCUCGCCGCCGAGAAUUCCGGACCUUUAAAGUUAAUGCCGGCGCCUGGCGAGUUGGUAUCGGCGCCGUAUGAGGGCAGCCACUACCGAGCCAGAGUCAUCGUAGCACACGACACAAUAGAGGUAUUUUACGUAGACUACGGUAACACGGCGAGCGUGUCUAUCUCCGAUCUUCGCCCACUUGAACCCCGCUGGCUCACGCUGCCAAUGCGGGCGGUGCCGUGCCGGCUUGCUGGCGUGUCCGUGUCCGGCGUGUCCGUGUCCGACGUGUCCAAAACGCUUAGGGGUUUAGCGUUGGACAAGACUAUGCAGGCACAAAUAAUCGCUCGAGGCUUCGACGAAGUGACCGUGAAACUUAUCGACACCGACGGUUUCGACGUCGGCGAGCAACUGGCCGUGUUUGCCGACUUCACCCUACAGCCUUACGACGUAGAACAUGACGAGCGACGUUGCGUGCUCGUGCCAGCUUAGCUUGAACAUUUGAGGUGCAGCGCAUGACAAACGAGAUUAAUUUGAAAACUGAAGAUUUAUAUAUAAGUUUUUUUUAGACAAACAAAAUAUUAAUUAAGUAUUAUGCCGGGUCACAGACGUCACAGUCUUUAAGUACUAUACACUCGUCGAGUGAGAGUAAUACAAGUGUGUACAUAUUGCUUCUCGUCUCGCCCUUUUCCGAUUGGAUCCAUUUAUUGCCGAGAUUGUGAGUCUCUUGACGAUUGUGUACAACUGGCAUUAG